AUGCUGGGCCUCUUCGGAAAAAAAAAGGAGCCCGAGACGCUCCUCAAGAAGGAAAAGGACCGGUACGGCGGCUCGGGCUUCGACCCGACGGGCCUCGAGCGCGCGGCCAAGGCCGCGCGCGAGAUCGACGCGUCGGCGCACGCGCGCCUGGCGUUCGACGUGAUCCAGGCGCGCGAGGCGACGAAGCGCCUGGAGCACGGCACGCGCCAGGCGGCCUACGAGAUGCGGGCGCGCGAGUACGAGAUGCAGUCGGUCGGGAAGGAGGGCGCCGAGGCGCGGCAGACGCUCGCCGCGCAGACGGACCACGCGAACCGCCAGGCCGAGUACGCGGACCAGCUGGAGCGGCGGCGCUACGCGGCGAACCUCGGGGCCCAGCGCGACGCGCGCGCGGCGGAGCUCCAGCGCCACGAGGCGUCGCUCGCGCGCCAGGAGGAGCUCCGGCGGCGGACGCUGCGCUACGAGGCGGAGCUGCGCGAGAAGACGGAGCUGAAGCGGGCCGAGGCCGAGGCGACGGCGCGCGCGCGCGCGGAGCGCGAGACGCACGACCUGAGCCUGGCGCGCAUGCGCGCCGAGGCCGCCGAGCGGCGCGAGACGCUGCUCCGGUCCAUCGGCGUGUCGUUCGAGACGGCCGGCGCCGGGCUGCGGGCGUUCCUGGGGGACCGCGAGCAGAUGGCGCGCGCCGUCGGCAUCGCGUCCGCGCUGGCGCUCGGCGUCUACGGCGCGCGCGCGGCGGCGCGCGUCGCCGGCGACCACGCGGCGGCGCGCCUCGGCCGCCCGUCGCUGGUGCGCGAGACGUCGCGGGCCAGCCCGCUCGACGCGCUGCGGCCGGCGGGCUGGCGGCGGCUCCUGGCGCCCGCCGAGGCGGGCGGCGCGCUCGACGGCGUCGUGCUCGAGCCCGCGCUGGAGAAGCGGCUGGGCCACGUCGCCGCCGCGACGAAGAACACGCGCGCGAACGCGGCGCCCUUCCGCCACGUGCUCCUGCACGGCCCGCCGGGCACGGGCAAGACGCUCUUCGCGAAGAAGCUCGCGCGCGCGUCGGGCCUCGACUACGCCAUCCUCACGGGCGGCGACGUCGCGCCCCUGGGGCGCGACGCCGUGACCGAGAUCCACCGCCUCUUCGACUGGGCGGCGACGUCGCGCCGGGGCCUGCUGCUCUUCAUCGACGAGGCCGACGCGUUCCUCCGGAGCCGGCGCGAGGCGACGAGCGAGGACCUGCGCAACGCCUUCAACGCCUUCCUCUACCGCACGGGCGAGCCGAGCCGCGACGUCAUGCUCGUCUACGCCUCGAACGCGGCCGAGGACUUCGACUGGGCGGUCAACGACCGCAUCGACGAGAUGGUCCGCUUCUCGCUGCCCGGCCGGGCCGAGCGCGCGCGCAUGCUGCGCCAGUACCUGGACGAGUACUUCGGCGCCGGGGACAUCGCGGACGCAAAGCUGGACGGCGCGGUCGCGGCGACGGAGGGCUUCUCGGGCCGCGAGAUCAACAAGCUGGUGGUCGCGUGGAAGGCCGCAGCCAGCGCGGGCGCGGGCGGCGCGCUCGACGACGCGACGCGCGCCGAGGUCCUCGACGCGCACGUGGAGCAGCGCGCCGUGAAGAGCGGCUGGAACGCGCUCGCCGCCGCCUAG